AUGCAGUCCUCCUUCUUCUUCAGCCUGCACGGUGUUGCGACAGGCCUAUCCCCAUUGCGCUGCCUAAUACUAGUACGCUAUUCCCAGCUUGGGGUCUUGCUCAGCAAAUCGCCUUCAUCCCUCACACCCCCUGAGCCAACCGUUCGGGUUUUCCUCCUGCCCAUCCCGCUCUUGCUCGCCCUAAAACCGAGUCGUCGACAAGGUAAAUCUGCCUUCUCGCCUCCCCCACCCCCCCCCCCCCCCCAGCUGACUGACUGCUCGCUCGCCUUCCGCUCCCCCUUUCAAACAAACGCCUCUCCUUCAAGAAAACUGCACACUGCUCAAUAA